UCUCGAAUCUGAGCUAUUAUAUCUACAAAGAAAUGUAGGAGAAAUGCAAGGACAAAUGCUAAAAGAAUGGGCAGCCAAGAAACUACUCUGGAUUCCCUCUAAAGAAGAAGGAUUCACCGCAGGAACCAUAUUGAAAGAACAUGGAGAUCAAGUGGAAGUGCAGCUAAAGAACAGUGGGAUGAUUGUCAUGAUCGGAAAGAACGACGUGGAGAAGAUGAAUCCUCCCAAAUUUAGUAAAUCUGAGGACAUGUCUGAGCUGGCUUGUCUCAACGAGGCCUCAAUUCUGUGGAAUCUGCGUGAAAGAUAUUCCUCAGGACUAAUCUAUGCUGAGUUUAUGGUGGAAGGCAUUUCUAAGGCCACGUAUGAAAAGUUGUUCAACCACAUUGUACUCUGUCUCAACAGAGUGCUCAACAAGCACAAGCGACAGAACUACCAGUUCAUUGGGAUUCUCGAUAUUGCCGGUUUCGAGAUAUUCAAGGUCAACUCCUUUGAGCAACUCUGCAUUAAUUACACCAAUGAGAAGCUCCAGCAACUCUUUAAUCACCGAAUGUUCAUAAUCGAGCAGGAGGAGUAUAAGCGGGAAGGAAUUGAAUGGGAUUUUAUUGACUUUGGCCUCGAUCUGCAGCCCACCAUCGACCUUAUUGAGAAACCAAUAGGAAUCAUGGGCCUAUUGGACGAGGAGUGUCUAUUCCCUAAGGCCACGUACAAAACUCUAGUCCAUAAAAUCACCUCCAACGUCUCUUCCCACCCAAACUUUUGUAAACCCGACAAACUUCGUAAUCAGUGCGACUUUGCUAUCAUUCACUACGCUGGGCGAGUGGAUUAUUCGGCUGAAAAUUGGCUGAUGUGCAAUAUGGAUCCACUCAGUGACUCGGCUGUAUCCCUCAUGCAGAAUUCGACCAUGCCCUUCAUUCGGGAGAUAUGGAAGGAUGCGGAAUAUGUUGAUCUACAAGAACUCGAUUUGGAUGUGUUAUUGUUCAGAUUGGGAGCUACCAAAGUGUUCUUCCGCACGGGAGUAUUGGCUCAUCUGGAGGAAGAGCGAGAUUUGAGGAUUGUGGAGUUAGUGGUGGCACUGCAGAGCCGGGGACGUCAGGAAUACCAGAAACGACAACAAUAUAGGACAAGUGUUCUUGUUAUUCAACGAAACUGUCGGAAUUAUCUCAAACUAAGGCAAUGGCCUUGGUUUAGACUGUAUAGCAAGACGAAGGGGGAAGUACAGAAGAAUGAGAGAAAAGUGUGUGCAGAGUUGGCAGAGUUGAGGGAACUGAAUGAAGACAAGACAGCUCAGAUUGAGCACAUCCAUUCACAGUUAAGUGCCAGGAAUGAGCAGUGUCUCCAACUGACUGCUAAAUACGACGAGGAACUUUUACUGAAGACGAAAUACCUCAAAGAAAGCAGAGAUAAUCAGAAUAAACUCCUCUCGGUGACAGAAGAACUUGAGAUGGAAAUUGAAUCAAGGAAAAAACUAGAAAAGGAGAGAAGAGAAAUCUCCCAGCAGUUGUGUGACCUUCGGAUGGAGCAGGAGGAGACUGCUGAUAUUGGGGAGGCAGAAAAGAUACUAAGAAGAGAGAAGGAGGAGAGGAUAUCUGUCCUGAUGAAAGAGAUUGAGGAACAGAGAACGAAAUCUGAGCAAAUGUUGAAAGAGCAGAAAACCAAGUACAGUCAGCAGGCGGAAGCUCAUGCAGAGCAGGUUGAACUGCUCCAGAGAUUGGGGGAUGUGACAAGACGAUUAGAAGUAUUGACAGCUGAGAAGGAGGCAGGAGAGGACCUUGUUCGUCGUCUCAACAAAGAAAUUGAUGUUGUGAGAGGAGAGAAAGAAAGUCUAACUGCGGAGAAGGCACGACAGGACAAGACAGUCCGUCGUCUGCAGAAUGAGUUGGAGGAUGCCAACAUUCAGUUGGAAUCCUGUCAGGGAGUGAUUGCCUCAUUUGAGUCAAAGCAAAAAAAGUUUGACUCUUGUCUGCAAGAAGAGAAGAAUGGCAGAAAGAAUAUUUUGAAGGAUGAGAUUAGACAAUUCAAAAAGAAAAUCGAAGAACAAAAUAUACUCAUUGCAGAACAGGACGAUGAUAUUUACAUGCUACGGAAUGACAUGACGAGGAGAGAUGUGUCUUACCAAUCAGAUAAGACAGAGUGGGAAAGACAGGCCAGAGAGAGGACUGAGGAAUAUGAGGAGCGACUCCGUUCAAUGGCCAGAAAACUUAAAGAAUCGGAGAAUAUGUUAGAUGAUGAACAGAAGAGCAGACUUGUUUCAGCUUCCAGCAAAAAGAAAUUGGAAGGGGAGUUGGGUGCUCUGUCCUCAGCUAUGGCACAGCUUGAGUCUGAGAGAGAUAACUUGCUCAAACAAAACAAAAAACUUGGAAGUGGAUUGAAAGAGGCCCUGAGAGAGUCCACUGAGGCACAUGCUCGUGCUGAACAACAUUCUGCCAAUUUAGUGCAAAGUCAGACCAAAGUCAAAUCUUUGACGAACGAAUUGGAAGAAGCUCUGAACACUGCCGGCUCUCUUGAACAAAUUAAAAAGGCAUUGCAGGAGGAGAGAGAUCAGUACAAGGACGAGUCCACAUAUAAAAACACCCGAUUAUCCUCUCUACAACAAGAGCUUGCACAAUAUAAGAGAACUGUUAGCAGUCUACAAUCCGAGUUGGAGGAAGAAGUCAACAGCCAUGAAGAGUUGGAGGAGCUCGUUCGCAGAGUUCAGUCGCAACACGAACAGUCGUGUCAAGAACUGGCAGUUGAGAGAAAUAAGGCCGUCAGAGCUGGAGAUCUGCUCUCUACAUCUGAGAGACAGAACAGAGACCUCAAAAAUCGAAUUGCUGUUUUGGAAGAGGACUAUGCACGAUCAAAGACAAGUGCUUCCGCUGUUCAGGUCCUUGAACAGAAAGUCGCCAAAGUUGAGGCACUCUUGGAAUCUGAGUCGAGGUUGUUAUGCUGUAAUAAGAAUUCCAGAGAUCGAGAAAGUGCUCUUCGUUCCGUGAGGUCUUUGGAAAGGAAACUAAGAGAAUCACAACAAAAUGUCGAGGACGAGCAUAGAAUGGUCGAAUCGUUCAAAUCGCAAGUGGAUAUGGCCAAUUCGAGAAAUAAAUUGUUGAAGCGAAAUAUGGAUGAAGCUGACGACGAGUUGAAUGCAAUGAGAAGUAAGUUAAGGAAGGUGCAGAAUGAAAGAGAUGAGUUGGUCGAGUCAGUGGAAAUAUUACAGCGUGAAAUUGCACAGAAAUCCAGAUAUGCGUUUGUGUUGGAUUUUAAUUUUUAA